AUGUUUGUUGAGCAGUUCUUGUGUCCAGAAGUACAAGACAGCAUAGAAAUUAUUGCACGCUGCCCACGGGAUGAAGCGGAGUGGUUUACAGCUGGGAAAAGGAAAAAUUGCAGCAAAGCAACUAAAUACUGCAAAGAUGAACGGGUGUAUCAUUGCGUUCCUAAUCAUUAUCUGAACGAAACUGUAGAAGUUUGUGCCCCAUGGAAGUUGAUAGUUUUCGGAUACUGUGUGGAGUACAACUUUCUUGGAAGAAGAGUUCAAGAAAACUACAACACAAACUGCACACAAUUUGCUGUUCCCUGUCCAUUAUACUACGCUUCAAACGAAGUUUACAAGUAUCAAGGAUGCUAUGAACUAAUAAAGUCAACAAAUUCCGAACAUGUUUCCUUAAGUCAGAUAGAACAGCAUUCAACGGUAAACAACUUGAAUGAAGAUAAAGAAAUGAUAGAUCUGGAAGAGCGGGUUGACUCUAGGCAUAAUGUUCCAAAGUCAAAGAAGACUGACGAGGAUAACCCCCAUAUAUUAAUGUUUUACAUUGGAGCCAUUUUUUUGACUGGGAUUGUGAUUCCAAUAAACAUACAUAUGUUUAUUAUAUAUAGGAAGAGGAACUUACCUAGGUAUACAAAUAUUUUUUACGCCCAACAAAAAAUUGGUAAGCAGUGCAGUGAUUGA